AUCAGCAAUGUCAGCCAAGACGGCAGCACAGCUGGACUGGCAAAUGUCAAUUUUUUAACAAACUUCUACAAUAAUGCAUCUUUUAUAAAUUAAUUCCUCGUCAAUUAUAUUCGUGUGUAAUGCGGCUGUGUGCGUUCCUGUUAUUGUCGCUGACGCUGAGCGCCGCAGCCUGGGACGAUGGCGAUUUUGAAGUGUUCGACGUGGUCGAAGAAGUGAAUCAGAAUUUCUACGAGUUGCUCGGAGUUACACAGGAAGCCACACCUUCGGAAAUCAAAUCAGCAUUCAAGAAGCUCACACUUAAACUGCACCCUGACAAGAAUGAUGCCCCAGAUGCAGAUGUCCAAUUCAGGAACCUGGUAUCCGUACACAACAUACUUAAGGACCCUGGAAAGAGAGAAAAGUACAACGAGGUGCUUAAGAAUGGUCUGCCGAACUGGCGUUCAGCGGUAUACUACUACCGCCACGUCCGCAAGAUGGGCCUGGCCGAGGGUUCAUUUAUCUUGUUUGUUAUUAUCACCUUCGGGCAGUAUGCUGUCGGCUGGGCGGCCUAUGCUGAGAAGAGAUUCACUGCAGAGCAAAUCCUAAACAGCAGAGGCAAGAAGCACUCAAAGAAAUCCGGUUUCGACACCGGACUGGCCGAGAUUCUGGACCAGUUGCCCAAACCUAGCAUCAAAGACACCCUGCCCUUCCAAAUACCGAGGCUGAUAUGGUGGAGCAUAGUGGGUAUACCACGAGGGAUCAUGGAACUUAGGAGACAGAUGAAGGAACGGGAGGAAGAAGCUAAGAGACAGAAGAAGAGGGAAAUAGAAGAAAAAGCGCGAGCGGAGCGCGAAGCGGCCGCCAUGGAGGAGGCCAAAGCAAAGGGCGCGCGCAAACGGCGCGGCUUCGUGCCCCCGGAGCGGGAAUGUCUGCUAGACCCCGUGUCGGCUGAAGAUGAUACCCCGGUGCCGAUACCCGUCAAACCGGCGCCAGUGAUAACCGGCGGUCUCUGGACAGACGACGACCUAGCUGAACUAAUCCGAUUAGUAAAGAAGCACCCCGGGGGCUCCGCGGAGCGCUGGGAGCGCAUCGCGGAGGCCAUGUGCCGCUCCGUUGGCGAGGUCACGCACAUGGCGGCCAAGCUCAAGGACAACUGCUACAAGAUACCGGGGCAAGAGCCGGAGCCGGUGCCGGUGGAAGUGCCCAAGAAGGUGAAGACACGUAAAACAGAAGAAGUGAGCAGCGGCAACUGGUCGCAGCAGCAGCAGAAGGCGUUGGAAGUCGCUCUGGCCAAGCAUCCCAAAGGCGGCGCUGGCGACCGCUGGCAAAAGAUCGCAGCCGCCGUGCCUGGCAAGACCAAGGAGGAAUGCAUGCAGCGGUGUAAAUAUCUAUCAGAAACGUUAAGGAAGCAGAAACAGAAAGAAGAAGAGGAUAGAUUAAGAGAAGGGAACGGAGAACAGAGCGACACAGAAGGACAGAACGAGGACGAUAUAUAACGAAUUAGGUUUUGAAAAUUUAUCUUUACCAUUGGCUUAGGCGUCAUUAUGAAGCGGCAGGGUUUAGUCCGAUGUUAUGGUCUGUUAUUUUAGGUACUUAAAAAUAAUUUAAUACAUAAAAUAAAACAACGUGACUUAUUGUUAUAAUGAACCAUUGGCACAAGUCAUAUCAAGGAUUUUUAUUUAUGUAUAAAAAUCCUUUAUUUACAGUAACAAUAUACCCAAUGGAUAUAUACAGAGGAUUACUAUAACUAGCUUAUAUCUAAAAUAGGCCCUUGAGGCAUUGUACCAAGGAUGCUGGCGGCAUUUCCUCGUUGUAUCGCAAUACUGAUACGUUGUGCGAGGAAGCCGCCAGCUCCUCGGUCACCAGUUACGUCAACCAGACUUCUACAAAAAACAAGGUUGCACACGAUCAAUAUUUUAACUCAAGAUAGGUUAUAGGCGUUCCAAAAUUGAAACGCUUAAAUUGUACAAACUGUACAGUUGCUCAUUAGUCGCGCCUAGGCAAGCGAUAAAUGUGAGAACUCCCACGACAAAAGAGAAAGAGACAAGCUAAUGUUCAACAAUUAGUGUGUUUAAGAGAGUAUGUGAAAAUUAAUUAACAAAAACAGAUUUAUUAAUUAUAUAUCAUUAGGAAUAUGGAAGUAUUUUUGUGCUCCUUAUGUAUGAGUAAGAGAAUUUGAUAUAGAGGUGGAUCGUCAACGAAAAUUUUGUAGCCACAGUAAAUUUACUGCCAUCUUUAGAUACAUAAUUAAAAUUUUAAAAACGCCUUUUGACUUUGAUCCUUAUUAUUUCAGUGAUAUGUAUUAAAUUUGUUAAAUAUCAAAAAGUGGCGCCAUCUUACCGGGCAUCGGCUAAUUAUUCCACUGGAGUUGCCGGCGUAUAAAGGCUACGGAGACUGCUUACCAUCAGGCGGGCCGUAUGCUUGUUUGCCACCGACUUAGUAUAAAAAGAAUUAAAGAUUGUGGCGCCUUGUUUUGGCCUUCGAUCUAUUCGAUGGUGCCACUUUUUGAUAUUUAACCAAUUUAACACAAAUCAGUCAAAUAAUAAGGAUCAAAGUCAAAUGGUGUUCUAAAAGUCUUAAUCAUGUGUCGAAAGAUGGUAGUAAAUUUACUGUAGCCACAAAGUUUUCUUUGACAAUCCACCUCUAUUACAAAUUAUCUUUGGUGUAACCUAUCUAUAGUUAUAUCAUUGCAUCCGAUGUCGUGUAAUAUUAACGUAAUGUACCUUUUUUACUUAUUCAACAAAAAAUACCCUAGAUACAAAUUAUCAUCGAUUCAGUCAAUCGAAAUAUAUUUUUGAGUCAAUGCCCUUAUAUCUUUAGGUGAAUUCCAGUCAUGUGGUUUUGUUUGUUUACAUACUAUUAAAUAGAUACCUAAAACAACAAACCAUAGAUCGUCUUUAUCGCACUUAUAUACUUGCUAGAAAAGGACGGUUGCCUUACAUCAGUACUGUUCUUGUAAAUAUUACUUUAUCGAAGUGUCUAUCUAUAUAAUUUCCAUUUUAACGGUUUGACAUAUAUUUGUGACAAACAUUUGAUUGUGAACCGUAA